AUGGCGACGCUACGCCAUGUCCUUCUCGCAUCGCUUCUUGCCCUAGGCGCCGUCGCUUCCCCUCGACCCGUGCAAGACGUCUCGUCGCAUACGGCGGCCGGAGAAGAAGAGAAGAAGAAGAAACCAAAGACACCAAAGUACUUUCACGAACCGGGCGGCUCCUUGGCGCGCGCCCACUACGAUGCCCGCUACUUCCAGGACGAGGUACCCUAUGCCGAGCACCGGGUCGUGCUCAGGGACCUUGCCCGCUCGUACCUGACCACCUUUGCCGAGCACGGCGCGGAGACGUGGCUUGCCCACGGCACCUUGCUCGGCUGGUGGUGGAACGGCCAGAUCAUGCCGUGGGACUACGACCUCGACAUGCAGAUCUCCUACACGACGAUGCAGUGGCUCGGUGACAACCUGAACCGGACGGAGCACGAAUACAACGCGACGGACGACAGCACCGGCGAAGUGAGACAGAAGCGGUACCUGCUCGACGUCAACCCCCACCACGCCGAGAUCACUCGCGGCGAUGGUAUGAACAUUAUCGAUGCGCGCUGGAUCGACAUGGAGAACGGCAUGUUCAUCGACAUCACCGGACUGCGGGAGCGUGAGGAGGACAGGCCUGGCCAGUGGAGCUGCAAGAACAAGCAUCGCUAUGGGACCCAGGAUCUCUGGCCCAUGUACGUCUCGACGUUUGAGGGCGUUAAGGCCAAGAUCCCCUACAGCUUCCAGAAGAUCCUCUCGGACGAAUAUGGAGAUAAGAGUCUCGUCGCCGAGGAAUGGGAAGGGCACCGCUGGGAUCGUGAAAUCAAGGAAUGGGUCAAGAUGAGCGAGGAAGAGGAGGCUGCACGACGCCGCAUCGCACAAGAGCGGAAGAAGCAAGACCUCGAAGCCCAGGGCCGGUUAUAA